CCGCCCCUCACCGCCGUCCGCCGGCUCCGGUCAAUUCCCUGAGACUCUCACGCGCACUCUCACUCAGUCACUCACUCACUCAGAUUGCUUUUUGUUGAAAGAAUGGGGAAAUCUUCAAAGCGGAUAAGAAAAGUACAGCAGAGCGACAUUGGUUCGGAUGAUGAUGAUUACAUCAAACACCAACUACAGAAUGUGGACAAUGAGAAAUAUGGCAUUGAAGAUAAUGACACUAAUGAUGACGACAAUGACGAGCAUGAAGAAGAGUACGACUCCGGAAUGGACAUAACGAAUUUGGAGCACGAGGAAGAUGUUUCUGGAAAUGAGGACAGUGAUACCACCGGCAAUGACGAUGAUGAUGACGAUGAAAAUGAGAGCAAUGAGCAGGAUGAUGAUGGUCUAGACAUGAAAGUAGAAGACACCAAUCAUGCCGAUAUGGAAGAACUUGAGAAGGAGUACAAUGAUCUUCGCCAUGAGGAACAAGAUCUUUUUAGAAACAUACGACGUGACCAAGGCGAGGAUCUUCGGAAAGGCCAAGCGGUAAAAAAUCAAAGGGCUCUCUGGGACAAAACUCUUGAGUUCAGAUUUUUGCUGCAGAAGUCAUUCUCAAACUCAAAUCGACUUCCACAGGAGCCAAUCAGAUCUGCUUUCUGCAAUUCUGGUGAAGGAGUUAAUGAAGCAUACUCAGACCUAAUUGAUUCAACUAAGAAAACUUUAGAUUCUAUUCUCAAAUUGCAGGAGGCACUUGUUGAGAAGAAUCCAUCAAUUAUGGAAGCAGCUGAAGAAGGUGAUGCUGCACAAAAUUCUACAAGCUUAGAUGCUUCCAGGAACUCAAUUGAAGGAGAUGAAGAAUGGUUCCAGAUUUCUCAAAUGCAAUCUAGAAUCGCUUCUUUUAGAGACAUGUCAGUGGAUAAAUGGCAGAGGAAGACACAAGUGACAAGUGGUGCUGCUGGCAUUAAAAACAAGUUUCAAGCCUUCAAUCAGAAUAUCAGUGAGCAAGUUGCAUCUUACAUGCGGGAUCCGAGUAGAAUGAUCAAAGGGAUGCAACAAAGAACAUCUGCUGUUCCGGUUUUUGGAAAUGUUCCUGACUCAACUCUUAAUAAGGAUGAGAUGAUAAAUGCUGAUGGUGAUCCUGAACUACUUGAUGACGCCGAAUUCUAUCAACAGUUACUCAGAGAAUUCUUUGAGACCGUUGAUGCAGGAUCGUCUGAGACCGCAUUCUAUGCUCUGAAGAGACUGCAAACCAAAAAACGCAAAAUUGUUGAUCGUCGAGCUUCUAAAAGCCGUAAGAUCAGGUAUGAUGUUCAUGAGAAGAUUGUGAAUUUCAUGGCUCCUGAGCCCAUGAACAUACCUCCAAUGGCCCCUAAAUUAUUUGAGAACUUAUUCGGCCUAAAAUCCCAGAAACCACCCACUGCAGUAUCCUCUUAAACCUACCUUACCCAAUCCAAUUUUGUAUGCAUUUUUAUUGAUGAAAUCUUGUAAAUCUUUGGAUUUUUGAAUUUAUACUUGAUUAUUCUUCAUUACA